AUGGCCAUAAAGACCCAGAUGCAGGCGCUGCUCAAGGUCAGCCCCUAUAUCCUCCCCGUCAACGUUCUCCUUCAACUCAUUCAUCUCCUCAAGAAAUCGAUCUUUAGCAGGAAGUUCUAUCAGGAGAUCAACGACAAGGUAUUGGCGAAGUCGCUGACAGUCGACCAGAACUUGUACUUCUUGUGUUAUUUUUCGUUGUUGGUGAGCUCGGUCUUGAAUAACAGGUACAACAUCCUCGAUUUCCUCCGCAAGCAGCAAUGGCGCAUGUUGCAGUUGGUCAAAUCGGGAGCCAAUGGAGUCGGGCUCGAUACGAGCUCGGCUAAGUUGUUGAACCAGCCGCAACCGCAACCGACCCCCGCGAGCGAGAGAAAAGAGCUGAAGUUGGCUUUCCAUCUCAAAAAAAUCAACUCCUAUCUUGCUGACGUGAGGAUUUUUAACCGGUUAACUGACACCAUCAAGUACAUGCCGUGGCUAAUUGACGAGUUCCACGGCUGGCGAAGCGCGCAAACAGCGGGCGGGCCGCCCAAGUUGGACCGGUUUGUCAACUUUGUGCAGGCGCUCAAUUGCGUGGUGUUGGAGGCGUUUGAGAAUAUCGGGUGGCUAACCGACCACGAUUGGAUCGGCACGGGCGAUAACGCGUAUUGGUGCAUCGAGACGUAUAUCUGGUGCUGCUACGUCUGGGGUGCGUAUCUUGUGAUUGAGAUUGUCGAGAUCUUGAGACGCACCCCCGUGAGCAAGUGGGGGGACAAGAGCUGGCAGAUUAACUUGUUCAAGAAUGUGAUCCAGUUGCCGUUGGUCUUGCACUGGAGUUUGAGGAAUGGCUGCUUGACUCCGUUCUGGGUGGGCGUAUGUGGCUGCGGUGCUAGUUGGUGGAAUUUCAGAGAUAUGUGGCGCAGUAUAGACUUGUCUUAA